GCGGUGCCAUGCAGCAGCAUUCCUUGGUCGGUCGGUCCUCGAUCUCCUUCCCUGUGUUGCCACCGCGCUCCCCCUCCCGCGUGUCAACACGCCAUUACUUGCAUCCCUCAUCGUCUACAAUUGCAUCUGCAGAGCAUAGGGAGCAGUAAACUGGAGCAGCACUGCUCUGAUCUGAGGAUGAGCUCCAGUCACUCUGAGAACUCUCUGCUGCUCUGCGAUCUGCUAGCUCUUGUUCCAUGGCCGCACGAGCACUGGCCGCCGCCGCCGCCGCUCGCCGGAUGGCUGGACACACCGGCGGCUCCCCUCUUCUUGCCUCCUCCAGGAGAGGAGGAGCUCAGUCCCUGAAUCACUCAAGCAGCGCGCAAGCCCAGCUGGAGGAGCAGAAGAGCAUCCACGACGGCGUCGCCGGGGAGCAGGUGGAGGCCGCGCUGAACCGCAAGAACGUGGAGGUGCUGCCGGACGAGAUGGUGGACGCGCUGGAGGGCGGCCCGGAGGACGCCUGGGUGCCCGACCAGGAGACCGGCGUGUUCGCCCCCGCCGACGAGGCCGUCUCCUGCACCGAAAGCCUCAGCCACGGCGCGGCGGCCGGCGGCUCGUCGGUGCUGGACCAGUCCGUGUUCGUCCGCGAGGAGGACAUGGAGGACGUCGAGAGGCCGGCCGUCGACAUGGCCGCCGCCAAUCGCAAGGCGAAAUGAACAAGCCUAGCUCAGGCUUAGCC